AUGAAAAAGCAGGUGCGAGAUUUCAGGUUAACCACGAUUAAACAACUGACCAUAACUGCGCUAGAGUGUUGCAAUAUACUCGCCGAAAUACACAAAAGUCACAAGCAGGACGAAGAUAUGCAAGACAGAAGUGCCGAUCCCUCCAGACAAAUGGAUUCCGAUCCAACUGGACAGCCGGAAACGUAUGAAUGCCAUCUCUGUUUACAGACAUUCACUUCUGAGAUCUACUAUUCCGAUCAUUUAAAGUUACACGACACCGGAUAUAAUUAUCCUUGCUGCCAUUGCAACUUAAAAUUCAUUUCUGAGUCGGAUAAGCAUCAACAUGUGGAAAAGUAUCACAAGAAUGUUUGUUUCAAGUGUAAUAAAUGCGACAUAGUUUUUGUGGAUUCAAACUUUUUUGAAAACCACAAAAAAAUAUGUCAUUAUGAUGACAAGAAAGCUUCUAAACCGAAACACGAUUGCGGGUCGGAGGGUAAGAGAAAGAGGCACGAAUGGGACAACUCUGACGCGGACUCGGAAGAUGAUAAGCAAGAGGAACGUCCCGGUUCUUCCAGACAAAUGGCUUCCGGUUCAACUGGAGAUAAUAUCUUUAUUAGCACACCACAUCCGAAAAACAUUCAGAGAUUAUCCAGAGAAUAUCCAGAAAACAUUCAAUCAUCCUCAGCAUCUUCUCUGAGCGUCUUCGGGAUACGUGCACUGUUACGGACGCCAGACGAAAAUGUCGGUCCCUACAGACAAAUGGCUUCCAGUUCAACUGGAGAUAAUAUGCAAAGCGAAAGUGUCGGCUCUUCUAGACAAAGGGAUUCCGAUCCAACUAAACAGCCGGACAAUGUAAGCAAAGAAUCCGUAACAGCGGAGAAACUGAAGUACGAGUUGAAGCGUAAGCAAAGGAAUCUCGAACGCGAAUCCUUUAAAAAGAUGAAACAGGAGUUAAAGCGUGAAAGGGAGAAGCUUAGAUCCGACAUCUCUGACGCGGACUCGAAAGAAUCUUCAAAAAAGAAGAAACAGGAAGACGACUUGAGCCGUAAGAGACAGAGGUGCGAAUUCUUAAAAAAGAAGGAACAGAAGUUGAAGGAUAAUAAAAAAAGGCUCGAAUUCGAAUUCUUAAAAAUAAAGGAACAGGAGUUAAAGCGUAAGAAGAAGAAGCUCAGAUCCGACAUCUCUGACGCGGACUCGAAAGAUGAUAAGCAAGAGGAACGUCCUGGUCCCUCCAGACAAAUGGCUUCCGGUUCAACUGGAGAUAAUAUUUUUAUUAGCACACCACAUCCGAAAAACAUUCAGAGAUUAUCCAGAGAAUAUCCAGAAAACAUUCAAUCAUCCUCAGCAUCUUCUCUGAGCGUCUUCGGGAUACGUGCACUGUUACGGACGCCAGACGAAGAUACAAAGGGAUUCCGAUCCAACUAA